AUGUCGCUCAAGCCAGGUUCAACCUUCGGCGACAAGUUCGUCAACUUCAAUAUCUUCCAGGCCACCUACAAACAAGUAGAUGGCCACCAUAUUCGCGCCGACCUGAUCAUCCCCACCACACUAUCGGCCAAUGGACCACGCCCGGUGAUUGCCCGCUUCCACGGCGGAGGCCUGACCCGAGGGGAUUCCAUCUACGCCGAUUGGUUUCCAUUGUGGCUAUUAGAGCUUGCGCAGACACACGGCGCCAUCAUCGCAUCGGCCAACUACCGGUUCCUCCCCGAGGCAACGGGUCUUCAAAUUCUAGAGGAUGUUGACGAUUUCUGGGCAUGGCUACAUUCUAACAGCCUGAAAGAGGAACUGGCCUCUCAGUUAACUCCCGUUGAGCUCGACCUCGACCGGGUCAUCGCAGCGGGAGACUCAGCAGGCGGCCUGCUCAGCAUCUACCUCACCCUCACCUACCCCGACCAGCUCCGCGCUGGCACAGCGCAGUAUCCCCAGCUUGCCUAUGAUCCCCCGACCAUCUAUCCUCCAACACGGAGUGCCAUGAUUCGCGAAGUGCCGGAAUCAUUCAUUGACGAAUAUAUCGCGACUCUCCAACCGGGAUCCUGCGAGUCCUCUGAUCUGGAGUGUAAACGGGUGAAUCUGUCAUCUGCAAUUUCCCAGCACCGACGAGGUCGUGGGUUCUACCUUCGUGACUCGGAAUCAUCGCCGCAUCGGGAUCGGCUUUUCCAGCUCCCUCGGCUUGAUCAGCCCGAUGCACGAUUGCCGCGGGGUGGUCUAGUGAUUCUUCACGGCAGAGAUGACGAUGUUGUCAUGCCUGCGGCGAGUGAGCGGUUUGUGAACCGGGCUAAAGUGGCCUUGAAGGGGCGCCCAGGCGGUGACAAGGUGGUUUUGUGUCUGCGUCCAGGAGGGCAUGGGUUCGAUGUGAAUACCUCAGUACAGGAGAAAUGGCUAAGAGAGGCGCUGGAAACGGCAUUGGAGGUGUGGUUGGAGUAG